AUGCACGGCGAGCGGCCGCGGCGAGGACGGAGGCGGGCGCGGACACGCUCGGGGAAGCGGAGGAGAAAGAGAAGGAAGAGGAGUAGAAGGCGGCGGCGAGGCCCGGGCGGCUCACCCAACUUCAGCAACUUCCCUCCGGUCGUCAGUGCCUCUCACCUGGACUACUUGCAUCUGUCUUCUGCUUGGUCCAAGUCUUUCCACUCCGGUCUCGCUGCAGCACACACAGCCGCCAAAGCGAUUUCCUCCAGUGCGGCUCUCCGCACGCUCCCUGCCCUACUCAGCGAACUCCAGCAGCUCCGAAUUCCCUCUAGAGCCAAAUACGAAUUCUUCUGUUUGACAAUGAAAACCCUUCACAACCUGGUUCCAACCUCCCUUUUAAAACUGUAUUCUAAAUCCAGCCUCAGACACAUGACACUUACUAGCUGUAUGACCCUGGGCAAGUCACUCCUCUUGCACGCUCAAUACGCUACUACACUCAUUCUCCGUCUAAUUAAGAUCCCUAAUUUCCUUCCUGAUUCAGUUCAAAUGCCUCCUUCCAUUCAAAGCCUUCUUCUUGGAUUCCUGCCCCCUCCCCCCAGCAGCUGCCAGAGCCUUCCACACGAAAUAACAUAUAGGUAUAGGUUAUCUUCCCCCAGCAAAGUGUCAGCUCCUCAAAACCAGGGACUACUUAUUUUUCUUUCUUUUCUUUUCUUUUUUUUUUGUCUUUGCCCAGGCCUCCUGGACGGCUUGGCAUUCUGUCCUCAGAGCUUCCAGAAGCAGGAUGGUUGGCACCUGGCCUUUGUGUCCUAA